ACAAGAUGGCUGGAAGCAGAAACAUCAGAUGAGAUAGGGCUUAAUUACCUUGCUGUAAUUGCGUCCAAUGGCUGUGUCUUGCGGUAAGCUGACGCCCAGAGGCUGUCUCGAAGAAAGAUGAUGAAGAAGGUGAGUUUGUCUCAGCUAUUAAGCCGGUCGCCGCGCCAUGGCAGCAGCUCGGGGAGGAGGGCGAGUAGUACUAAUGGUGAAGUAUUGGUUGGGUCCCCCGCCCCCUCCAAUACCACCACAACAUCAUCAGCCUCAUCUCCAACACACGACCCCUCCUCCAAUACUCAAGACAAGACCGCAAAAAAGAAAACUAAAAGUGGCAUUCUUCAAACGUUGAAAAAGAAAAUCAGUGGUAAGCUGGACACUUUUCAAAACUCAAACUCUUCUAACACCCCUAAAAAGAGUAAAAGUUUUGAGGGGUUGUCAAAUAGUUUUGGAGACUCCUUCUCACAGUCAAUUAGUGAAGAGUCUUCAAGUGAUGGGUUAAAUGCCAGCGGGGGACAGUCGCACAAAGGAAAACAUAACAAACGUGCAAUCCGUCCCAUGCACACACCAAUAACACGACAAAACUCUUCCUCCCAUGUGUUGACGGAUUCAGAAAGUGAGAUGUUAACAAAAACGAGCCAUGGAGAAUGUGUUAGAGUACCAGGAAAUAAAGUCAUUGAGCCAGUCACAAGCCCACAAACUCAAAUUGCUGCAGUGUCGUUGUAUAGUAAAACUAACUACAUAUCAGAAAACAAUUCCGCGAAAACGGAGACAUUGUUGCCGAGAGUGAGUGUCAAGCAAGACAAAAGUGCUGUCUUGCCACAAGUGCUGGUGGAAAAUGUAAGUGGUAAAGUGGGGGCCUUUGCCUCAACAACUGACCCCAGACAAAUACCCAACAGUCUAGAACAUAGUGCCAUAUCAGAGACAUCUUCACCACAGCCCAGUAGAAUGUACGGUGAACUGUGGGAGCUACAGGACAUUAAUUAUGAUGCCAGUAAAAGAAGUUUAGCAGAGGAACUGUUCAGGUUAGCAAAGUAUGGGUGGUACUGGGGGCCAAUCACCAGAGCAGAGGCAGAGGAGAAAUUAGUAGAUCAACCUGACGGAGCAUUCCUCGUGCGUGACUCCUCAGACGACAAGUACCUGUUGAGUCUCAGCUUCCGAUCCUUCAACAAGACCCUCCACACACGGAUUGAGCACAGUAAUGGUUGGUUCAGCUUUUACCCACAUCCUGAGCAUGAGGGCUACACAAGUUUAGUGGGACUCAUAGAUCACUGUAUGAGUCAUUCUGAGUCGGGCGUCUUUUGUUAUUCCCGAGCUCGUGUACCAGGAUCACCAUCUUUUCCAGUGCGACUUACCAAACCUGUUUCCAGGUUCACUCAGGUGCGAUCUCUACAAUACCUAUGCCGGUUUGUGAUUAGACAAUACACCCGUGUGGACCACAUUCAAGCCUUGCCUCUUCCAACACGAAUAAAAGGCUACCUAGAAGAGGGACAUUACUGACCCAGAUACUAGUAUCUCACCAGAGUGGUUUCUUUUCAAUGGCAUUUGUGUUUUUCUUUCAGUAAAAAUUCUUUUAUGGAUUUUAUCAUUUUAAAUUAAUUUUAUUGCAUGUUUAUGCCAGGUAUACAAACAAAAAUAUGGAAUGAUAUGGUUUGACUUCAUUAGUUUUUUUUUUUUUUGUAUAUGAUAAAUACAUUGUGGCAGAUUGAGUCACUAUCCUGGUACUGUAGUGUACAGUAUUUUAAAUAAAAGAACACAUUAAAAUUUCAAAGUUCUUAUGGUACUUUUCAUUUGGUGACACAUAUGUUCUCUUGGCUAUAGCAACUCUAUAAAGCGAAGCUUACUGUACCACAAUUGUUUAAUUUUUAUUUUUUAAAGGUUUUAACAAUUCAGUAAAAGCAAAAAUCUUCCUAAAAAGAUACUGUAUUGAACAGUGGUUCUGAACAUACCUAAUAAGAAUGUUUCCCGUGUUCACUGAAGUACCACUCAGUGUAUUCAUUUAUGGUUAUCAUAUAAAUACCCAUAUUAUUCUCUUCUAUUCAUUAUGGUAACUAAUUUUUCACUCAGCAUGUUCUUGGACUGAACAUACAGAUUUGACUAUUAUGAAGUGUAGCUUUAAACUGAGUCUGGUGAUUCUAACACAUUCCCAAGCUAUUAAUUUUGUUAUUAAAAAGAGCCAUAUUUAAUUUAAAAAAGAAAAUUAAUCUCAUUAUUAAGUUGUUUCAUGAUUGGAUAUGUUAAAUGAAUUUGAAAUUAAAAAGUAUUCGGUUAGGGUGUUUGGAAUAUUUACUGAAUCAGCUGGGGAUAUGACUAGGAUCAACUUUUUUCAGUAUUUGUCAUGCUGACUUGCCUAGAUCUGACUAUGAAUGUGUAUUAAAUAAUGUAAUCGCUGCUAAAUAUUUCUUAUAACCGGCUGCAGGUUGACAGUCUUAGACACAUGCCUUCAUCAGUGAUAUUACUGAGUUUUAAAUUUUAUUUCCCCAUAUAAAUGAUCAGCAGUGUGUUGUUGUAUAGUACAUUUCUGUCUAGUGGGUAGGAGCAGUGUAAACAGUUAGUAGGCAACUGACAGCUAUGUUAAAUAAACUGGUAAAGGCAAAGAACCACUGUAAGGUUGCCAAAUAGCAGCUGAAUGUGUCAUAGUCAUGAACACAAAAUUAGACAGCCAGUGUGUGUGAUUGGCGUCAAAUGGCCACAGGCUGUGACGCCAGAUAUUUUACCCAAUCAAUCGGUCAGUGUGUGUGUGUGAAAUAUUUUGAAGAUUCUCAGAUAUUGUUCAAGGUCUAAAAUUACCCCAGUCACAAUAUUAAUUUGUUUAUGAAGGCAAUCUAUUUUUUUAAUUACUGAUUAUUACAUUAGUUUCAUAACAAGUUGCAAUAUUGAUCGCUAAAUACAUUUACCAUUAACUACAGUACUGUAAAUGUAAAAAAAAAAUCAAAUUAGUUUUUCCUACAUUUUUUAUUUGGAAUUAACAGUGUGCCAUACCUGUAUAGGAUAUAUAAUUCAUUAAAUUCAGUUUUGAUUUAAAAUUUCAUCAUAUCCAUCACAUUUUGGGGGACUGAAGACUGUCACUCAGAGAGUUUUAUUUAUUUUAUAUUAAUAAUGUAUCAUAUUCUAUGAUAAUAUAAGCUGUUUUGUCAUGAAAAAUAAAUUUAUUGUUAUAUAACAAAAAGAAAUGGGAGCUUUCAUACAGAACCAAAUAGAGAAUAUGUUUCAUUGUUAAGUUUUCAUAAUUGUCAAAGGUGAUAUACUGUAUAUCUUGUUUCCCAGUGAGUGUGUGUGGUAGUGAGGAGCAACAGUUAUAAUAACUUGAUAAGACAUGUUGAUUGGUCCAUGAAUACUUGACAAGACCUGCCCGGUUGCAGGAUGAAGCACAGGUUUGGAAGUCAGUGCACUACGAACGUAGUAUGUUGAACUUCUUCCUCAUUCUUAUGUAUAUUUAAUAUUGAAAAGUUAUAUAAAGAACACUGAAGGAGUCUGUCUUUGAGGGUAUUCAUAUACUGUAUACUCUUACAAAAUGCAUGUAUUUUUUUUUAUUAACUUACAAUGUAUGUGGGUUUUUUUCCACAUUGCCUGUUGUAAAAUUUAUAAUUUUAACAGGUCAGCUAAGUCAGCUUGCAACCUUAUAGGCUAAAGAUUAGUUAGUACAAGGCUCAGGGUGGUUGUGACUUCUCUGUGUACAAUACAGCAUAUAACAUAAGUUGUUUGGUCUGUAUUGUAAGGUAUGAACAUGCAUAAUUAUAAAAGAAUCUGGAAAAUUGUGCAUGCACCACCUUGCUUUAAGUAUGGGAAACAGCUCUUUUUAUAUUGGUACUGUACAGUAGUCGUUCUCUUAACUUAAGGUGGUACUGUAUUACACUGGUCUAUGUAAUAGGAACUGCCAGAAUCAACCCAGACCUUUUUAUAUUGUGAUUCUUUUAUCUUUAGCUGUUUAAAAAUCAAAAAGUACAGUAUAUCCCAGAUGUUGAACUAAUAGUUGUUAUACUUUAUUGUUAAUGCAUGGUGAUUGAAGAGGCUUUAGUACUAUUUUUUAAAUUAAGGUAACAAACAGAUGAUUUCUAUUUACACAGUUUAUAUAUAUAUAUAUAUAUAUAUAUAUAUAUAUAUAUAUAUAUAUAUAUAUAUAUAUAUAUAUAUAUAUAUAUAUAUAUAUAUAUAUAUAUAUAUAUAUAUAUAUAUAUAUAUAUAUAUAUAUAUAUAUAUAUAUAUAUACACAUUUUUUUUCCCACACAUUUGGAUUAUUCAACAAGUUACUUACAAAAUUGCCCAACUAGAACACCCUCUGGCAAAACAUAUCUUGUCCAAGGGGUUAUCAUUAUUCAAAUGGCAGGUGCACAGUCCCUUUGCAUUGUGAAAUUGCUGCAGAGGAACAACUUCCCCACGAAUCUCAAACUUUAUAGCUAUAAAUAUUAUGAUCUUCGUCACCCCCAAACCAACUUGGAAUUUCACAGUUUAUGUAUUGAAUCAAGAAUUUAAGUAUGAAAUCCCAUUUUAUGGCCGAUGGGAAGAAACAAGGUCUAGUUUCCUGAUGAGCAGUAAAAUACAUACUGUACUUCUGAAGUAUGAAAUUUAUUUGGCUGUUGUGUUGAAGACGAGUGUGAACCAGUUUCAGGGUUAGUUCCAGUAUACUUUAUGGCUUGCUACAAUCACUGAUUCAGUAUUGAAGCUUGGUUCGUAAGUAGCUACUUGGCAGCAGUUUACAUGUGUUCUUUGCUUCUAGAAGAUAGUUUUCUGGAAAGGCAGGCUCUGUUAGGGGAGGUUCUAGUAAGGGCAACUCAUAGGUCAGCCAAAAAUGUGAUUAUAUAUUACUGUACAACCCUUGAUGUAAUUACUGUACAAAAAAAAAUCUUCUAAAUUAUGAGUAUAUAGUUAAAAUAUACUUAUGAUUACCAUGGAUGGAAAGAAGAUAGGUAAUGGAGCUGUAGGGAAAAGAAAGAUUCAAAAAGAUUUAAAAAUGAAAAGAUGAAGAGAGUAAUCAGAGAUUUGGAGGAAGGGCAUGUACAAGUGCUUUUUUGUUGCACUUCAAUGUUAUUACCAUAGAACUACUAUAUAGAGACUUAUUUAAAAGGUCUGCAGGAGGGUAAAGUUAAGAGAGGAUGAUGAUUAAUAUACAGUACAGUAUUGUAGUGAGUUGAACAAGGAGGUUGCAUGGAUGGAUGUGGAAUGGGGAUUUUCCUUUGUAAUACAGUAAUUAGGAAACACCAGAAGAAUUAUUGUAUGUGUAGCAUUUUUUGACAAAAGGAAAACUUUCUUACUGGGUAUUAUAAAUAAUAAGGAAAGUUUGUCAAGAUUUAAUAUCUAAUUGUGAUGGAGGAUACUGUAGUUACCAGGACAUUGCUUUCAUCUAAACUAUAAACAGUAAGGGACUGGAUUAAAAAAUGGGAAAAAAAGACGAGUGCAAUAUGCAUAUUUUCAAUGCGUAUAAUGGUGCAGUGGUAAGAGAGCCUGUCAGUAAAAGUGGUGAAGUCCUUAAAAUGUACAUUAAGUAGUAUAGAAAAAAGGACAGAUUUGAAGUCCAUGAGAUACUGCUUGGUAAAGAAAAUUAGUUGAUACUACCAUGAUUAGGCAAAUAAUUUUUAUGUAAUGGUGGAAGAAUUUGGAAUGAUUUGAGAAAAAGGUUGAAUAUGAAUGCCAAAAAUAAAUGAGGUAACCAUCUUAUGAGCAACAUGGACUGAUGAAGAAAAUAAAUACUGUAGUGUGACUAUCAGCAAGGAUGAUAAAUGGUAAAAUGUCAGUACAGUACAGUAUUGCAGAGUUGAAAGGUAAACAAAUUGAUAGAACUGUAAGAUGGAUAAUGAAAAGGAAGAUAUCAGUGGUGAGAUUUGUUUAAGGACUCUUUGUUGGAAAGAAACUGGGAUGCAGUUUUCAAUAAGUGAAUGAGGGUGAAGGGAAUGGACAGAGCAAAGGACUACUGAUGUGGUGUGGACAUGAGAGAAUGUGUAUGGCAACGAGUAAGUAGUGGAAGAAUAUCAGUUUUAAAGUGAAUGAGGAGAUAAAUUCCUUGUGAUGGGUACCUUGCAAAAAUUAGUAAAGAUAAAAGUACUGUACAUGAAGGAGAGAAAGCUGGAUCAUGAGAGUGUUGAGUAGAUAUUCAUAGGUGAGUAUGAACAUGAUAUUUUGGGAGUUAGGAAAAAAUAAUUUUACUCCCCAACCCUAAAUGGCCAUGAAACAACAUAAAAGGUGCUGCCAUAUUGUAUGGUAUAUGUAUUGUAGACAAAUUUCCUUCACAAUUUUUUGGCUAUAUUUUCAUAGUUAAAGAGCUGAAGUUAGGUUUACAGGGCAUUCUAGAAUGUAGGUGAGAUACUGUAGUGAUCUUUGUUUAUGUCUGAAAGGCAUCGAAAUUUAUAAUCCUUUUAGGUAUGAACCCAGUGUUGUUCCUUGACCAUGUUUUGUAUGAAGAUGUAUAUGUACAGUACAGUUGCAGCUGGACGGGGAGGAGUGUAUAGGGGAUAAAGGUCCUUAGCCCAAAUGGAUGCUCCCUAGACAGGGGCUUUAAUUUGUGAGACUAGUGUUCACCAUUUAGCUGAUGCCUUCCUGAAAUAAUCAGUGAUGUUUACGUUGACAAAAAAAUUUCAAAACUGCUUUUGAGAAUAUGGUGAAAUUGACAACUUUGCCAUGUAUUAGAAUUGUGACUAAAAGAGCAAGUUAACUAUUACUAAAAUCAGUUUUUCAAUCAUCCAAAUUGACCACAAUUACAGCUUUAAUAAAACUUUUCAUUUAUUUUUUUCCUUUUUAACCCCCAAGCAUGGGCUACAGUUGGCAUAACCCCUCUCCCUCCACACGGGUAUAUUUGGAAAAUUUUUAAAAACAAUUAUAAUUCUACAAACUUGUCAUGCAUGAUGCAAAAAGUAAAGAAUUACAUGUUCUUACCACAGGUUAGCAUCACAGGGGCUUGGAAGAGUCAAGAAUGCAUGUAAAGUUGCAUGUGUGUGUGUGUGUGAGGUUGACAGUAGGCAGUAUGAGACAGGACACUUGCUAUAUUACGUUUUUAUUAUUAUUGUAUUUGCAAUUGUUAUUAUUGCCCCCAUUAAUUGAUCACAAAUCUGUCGAAAGAAGAGACCCCUACAACACUUGUGAUUGGGGGAAGUCUUGCAUAUGUGAGCAAGUGAAAGAUAAAUGCCUACUUGGCAACAUAAUAUAGCAAGGACCUUGUAACAUUUCAAACAGUAUUGUACCACAAAAUUAGAAAAUAUCAUAUGACAUGAACCAAAGGCUAGGGAUUAAUGUUUAGUGAUGAAGUAUGACAUUACCACUGCAAAGCAAGUUGAGGCAUAUAAAGGGUUUGUGUGUUCUAAGAAGCAAUUAUAUGUGAUUUUUUAUAUGGAUCUCUGAAUUACUAAUAUUGUAUUGUAUUGUUUUAGGUUUUCAGUAUUGUAAAACCCAUUGUCCCUCAAAAUUUGUAGCUGAUUGAAAAUACUACUCAGGAGUUUUGCUCUUUGGAAUUUAAAAGUGGAUGUUCAACUUGAGUUUUGGGUAUUUGCUGCUGUUCCAAAUGCUUGUCCAUGUUUUCUAAUGUGAUGCCAGCUUAAGCCAGGCACUUAAUAUCUAACUUUAGUUAUCAAGCUUUAUAAACAAAUGGAAAUUUCAGAUUUGAUGUGUAUAGAGGUGUCCUCUGAUGUGAUGGUCUGUACCUGGAAGUUGAUAUAUAUUUUCUUCUUCUGUGUUAAAUUCUUAUGAAUGUUAAGAUUACUAAGCCAGUAAGAUAUGUGUUCAGUAUUAAGUAAAAGUGAAUUAAGUAUAUGGAAGACAAUCUGGAUGAAUGAAAAGUGUUUGUCAUGUAUAUAAUCAGAUUUAUUAAACCUGUGAUCCAUAUAUUUGUGACGCGAGAUUAGCAAAGCUAUGCAUGUCAUAUUCAUCAUUAAGGUUAAUUUUUAUCUUGUAUUGUAAAAUGCACCUUAUUGAUAAAGACUCACUGUAUUGUGAUCUCAGUCUCAUAUUUUACUAUGAAAGUUAUAUGAUUCUGUAUAGAGAGAAUAUAAUUAUAUACUGUAGUUGUAGAUAUUUUGGAAGCUCCAUCAUAUACCAGUAAUCGUAGAAGUCAUAUAGAACAGCAUAAAUCAGAGAUUGCUCAAUUUAGCUUGCUUAAACUAGAUCAAUGCCAUACACAGUCUUUAGGUAUGUUUGUUUAAUUUAAUUUUUUUUUUAUUAUUAUUUGUUUUGUAAUUAUUGUCUUUGGAGCUGACCAGGCUUGGCUGGAAGGAAGUGAAAAGUCACUCUUAAAUAUAUCAAUGCUUUUGUUUUAUGAUAAGGCUUUGGCAUUGCCUAAAGUUAAACUCUCAUCAUUUAUGCUGGAUGAAUAUGAUAAUGCUCUAAUGUCGAUUAGGUCAUAGUACUUGGCCUGUGUGUUCCAGCCAUUUUAAGUAGGAGACCAGGGCAUGUACCAAGUAAUUUCUGUGUUUGAUCAAAUACAGUAUAGCUAACCAGGUUGCAGCUCUUGGGUUACUUUAAGCCUUUCAUGGCAUCUUCAAAAUCUUGAUAGUGUAGAUAUUGCUGUGAACAACUUGGUUUGAAUGCUCAUGCUUGUUAUCACUUGAAAUGAGCCUUGUAUUGGCAUUUAAUGUAGAGCCUUGAAGGUGUACAGUUGAAGGCUUUCCUCUAUGUUGUAAACUUGAAUGAUUUAGACACCAUUUAGAAAAUGGGAAACUGUGCAUUUUAUAAUAAAUCCUAUAUUCA